UAGAAUUAGAGCAACAAAUAGUCAUACAGAGGACGUAACUGCCGCCAAACUGUGCUCCAUUCUUCACUCUCACAGAGAUGGCCGCCACAGCUGCUGCUUCUCGUUCUCAAUCAUCAAAGAAGAAACCUAAGAAGAAAACAGCAAAGAACCCAGAAGUAGAGCGUCUGAGUGCAUUGCCAUGGAACGAAUCUCUUCCCGUGGAGGAUCCUUUUGCUAUUUUCGGCGGAACCAACAACCUCGAAGGAGGUUUUCUUUCGCUUGAAGAGAUUGACGAAUCCGAGUACGGUUUUGUGAUUCCUGAACCUGGAAAAGAUGAAAAAGAAGCGGCAGAAGAACCUUUUAGUUCUUCCAAAUCAAGGAAUCGGAAGAGAAAGGCAGCGGAUGGUGUUUCUGGUGAUGAUUCUGAAGAUUAUAGUGAGGAGAAUGCCGAGGAUGAGGGGAAAGCAAAGAAGAAAACUAAGAAGAAGAAGAGGAAAGCGAAGAAGAAGAAAACAGAGAACAAGAAGGACGGGGAACAGCUUUCCGCAGAAGAACCAGGCAAUAAUGCCAGUGAAGAUGUUCAAGGAGAUUCAGUUGUUGAUGAUGCUGAAUUUUAUGUGUGGAAUGAGUUGAGGCUCCAUCCUUUGAUCAUGAAAUCGAUAUACAGGCUUGGAUUCAAGGAGCCCACUCCCAUACAGAAGGCUUGUAUUCCUCUUGCUGCUCACCAAGGAAAGGAUGUCAUUGGUGCUUCAGAGACGGGAUCUGGGAAGACGCUUGCCUUCGGGCUGCCCAUUUUGCAACGUCUUCUUGAAGAAAGGGWAAAAGCUGCUAAAAAGCUUUCUGAGAAUGGAAAUGCAGUAGAGAAAGGUGCUCAGGGAAGUCCUCUUCGGGCUCUCAUUGUGACUCCUACAAGGGAGCUUGCUUUGCAGGUCACUGAUCACCUCAAGGAAGUUGCCAAAGUCACCAAUAUCAGGAUAAUUCCUGUUGUGGGUGGCAUGUCAACAGAAAAGCARGAGAGACUUUUGAAGAGAAAGCCUGAGAUCGUUGUUGGGACACCAGGAAGGUUAUGGGAACUUAUGUCGGGAGGGGACGAACACCUUUCUGAAUUGCACUCUUUAUCUUUCUUUGUGUUGGAUGAGGCUGAUCGAAUGAUAGAGACUGGGCAUUUUCACGAGUUGCAAUCUAUUAUUGACAUGCUUCCUAUGACUAGUGGCUCUGGAGGAGAGAAUUCCAAUAUGACAAAGAACUGUGCAACAGUUCCGAACCUCCAGAAAAAGAAAAGGCAAACAUUUGUUUUUUCUGCAACUAUAGCAUUAUCUGCUGAUUUCCGUAAAAAGCUAAAACGUGGAGCACUUAAAUCAAAAAAGUCCAUGCUUGAUGGGAUGAACUCUAUAGAAACUCUUUCCGAGCGAGCAGGAAUGAGAGCUGAUACUGCUAUUGUUGAUUUAACAAAUGCUUUGAUAAUGGCAGAUAAACUUGAGGAGUCGUUCAUUGAAUGCAGGGAAGAAGAUAAAGAUGCCUAUUUGUAUUACAUUUUGAGUGUUCAUGGGCAAGGCCGAACAAUUGUAUUCUGUACAUCAAUUGCUGCUCUGCGCCACAUUUCAUCUCUAUUACGCAUCCUUGGAACAAGUGUUUGGACCCUUCAUUCGCAAAUGCAACAGCGAGCUCGACUGAAGGCAAUUGAUCGCUUCUCUGGAAAUGAACAUGGUACACUUGUUGCUACUGAUAUUGCAGCAAGAGGUCUUGAUCUUCCUGGUGUUCGAACUGUUGUUCACUAUCAACUUCCACAUUCAGCAGAAGUUUAUGUUCAUAGAAGUGGAAGAACUGCUAGAGCUUCUGCCGAUGGGUGCAGUAUUGCACUAAUAUCUCCAAGUGAUGGAUCAAAAUUUGCUUCUUUGUGCAAAUCAUUUUCGAAGGARACACUCCAGCGGUUUCCAGUAGAUAAUAUGUACAUGCCAGAAGUUACAAAGCAAUUAUCUCUUGCACGACAGAUAGACAAGAUUUUGCGGAAGGACUCCCAGGAAAGGGCAAAAAAAAGUUGGUUGGAACGGAAUGCAGARUCGGUGGAAUUGGUUAUAGAGGACAAUGAGAGUGAGGAAGAAAGAGUUAGCAGUCAUAAGAAAAAGAAAAUCAGCUCCAUUCAUUUAAAGCAAUUGCAGCAGGAACUGAAUGUUCUGCUUUCACGCCCUUUGCAACCAAAAACCUUCUCACAUCGCUUUUUGGCAGGGGCUGGUGUUUCCCCCCUCCUUCAACACCAAUUUGAAGAAUUAGCUAGGAAGAAACUAGUUGAGAAUAGAAGCCACAAUGAAAGCAAACGAAGUAAAUUUGUGGUUAUUGGUCAGGAUUGCAUGGAGCCGCUCCAAGCACUUAGGCGUGCUGGCCCUGAGAUGCGCAUGGACUUGAAAGAAUUGGCAGAAAAGCGAAGAAAUAUAGAGAAUAUAAGAAGAAAGAGGAAAGAAGAAAAAAAGCGCUUGCGUGACCAACGAAGAAAGGAAAGAAAAAGAUUGAAAAAUGGCAGUGGAUAGGAAUUCUCAGUGCAUUGACAUGAAUCUUGGAAAACAAUAGCAGCAUCCCUAUAACAUUUGGUUUAUUCAUUGAGAGGUUUCUCACUACUCCUGUAGGUGUAGAAAUGGAACAAUGUGAUUCAAGCUAUCUAAUUUGAAGGAUGCUCUUUGUAUUUUAUUGUUGUAUCAAUAUUUGAAAUUGCUGGUUGAUUUUAACAACGGAUAAUUGCAGAGUAUCUAUAAUUUCUGUAAAUUAUUUGAUAGAAAAAUUAUAUCAAAGAUUAGUAUUCUGAAAUUCA